AUGUCACGCUCCAUCACUAGAGACUGGUAUCGGAGCUCGCCGGACCUCGUUCGUAUGAGCGUCUCGGCAAAGGACAACGACAUGGAUGUGGACUAUUAUUGUGACGUCGCCUCUCAGUUGAGACCCUAUCGGCCACAUACUGGACGUGAUGGAUGGACAUUACGGCUGCCGGACUUCAGUGAAGCUCCUCCGUCAUCGCUCUUGAAGGACUUCAAGAACCCAAUUGCUCGUCAGGGCGAGGCAGGCCUGACUGCUGAGGAGCACGAGUUCCUGGAAGGAGUAGCAUACACCAAAUUUCGGAGCUCGACCAUCCCUACCAACAUACUUGCUACCUUCCCGGCCCUGAUGGGACAUGCCACAUGGCAACCCAAGGGCCAAAAUAUUGUAUGGGCCUAA